AUGUCUUCACCUUUUCCUGCAUUUCCGAUCUGUCAGAUCACAUUUCCUUCCAGCCCACUCAUCAAUGCGGCAUUGGCUUAUUCCAAGGAGCACACCGAUGCAUGCACCGUCAACCACACUCUGCGCUCGGCGGCCUUCUCGCUGCUUCUGAUGCGCAAGUUGCCGCCGUUCGCAGCAGUCGACGACAUUGACGUUGAGGCUGUCGUGCUAGCGAACAUUCUCCACGAUCUCGGCUGGGCAACUACCAAGUCUUUGUUGUCCCCGGACAAGCGUUUCGAGAUCGACGGGGCCAAUCUUGCGCGGGAUCUUCUCAAGUCAGCAGCCGGCGAGAACAGCGCGGGAUGGGACAAACACCGCGUGCAACUGAUAUGGGAUGCCAUUGCAUUGCACACCACGCCUUCUAUUGCUCAACACAAAGAGCCGGAAGUGUCCGCUGUUUCACUGGGCAUCUUUGCUGAUUUCGUUGGGCCAAACAUACCGAUCCCCGGAAACCCGAUCUCGGUCGACGAGUACAAGGAGAUUGUCACUGCGUUUCCUCGCCUCGGAUUCAAAGAUCACCUCGUCGAGAUCAUGUGUGGCCUGUGCCGUGAGAAGCCGGACACGACAUUUGACAAUUUUGUAUCCGACUUUGGCAAGUCGUUCGGCCUCGAUGGCAAAGGUACGGGCAAGGAAGACUUCAAGAAGCUGUGUGAGGAAAAGAGUCUUUCGAACAUGCUCAUGGGUGGUCUGGAGGCUUGUGAACAAUGGGAGAGCUAG